UCCGAGCUCGACCAAUUCCCUUCACAUAUUCAUCCCCCAUUUGUCUUUGCACGUCUUUCAUAAUCGAUCAUAACAAAGAACCUGAAGCGUCAGUCGUGAGCUAGAGAGAGAUCGCAAGAGGAAGGGAAAAUGGCGUCGACAACGUGCUUCUUCCACCACAACAAGCUCACCACUCCGGCCAGGACCCCGUCGCAGCGCUCCGCCCCGAGUUUCAAGCCCGCCCAGGUGGCCUGCCGGGCCCAGAAGCAGGCUGCCGGCGAGGAAGAGAGCGGCGCCGCCGAAGUGUCGCGCCGCCUCGCCCUCACGGUGCUCAUCGGCGCCGCGGCCGUCGGGUCCAAGGUGUCCCCUGCCGAUGCCGCCUACGGCGAAGCUGCCAACGUGUUUGGGAAGCCGAAGACCAACACCGACUUCUUGCCGUACAACGGGAACGGGUUCACGCUGUUGAUCCCGGCCAAGUGGAACCCGAGCAAAGAGGUGGAGUACCCCGGCCAGGUCCUCCGGUAUGAGGACAACUUCGACACCACCAGCAAUGUCUCCGUCAUGGUCACCCCGACCGACAAGAAAGCCAUCACCGACUUCGGCUCUCCCGAAAACUUCCUUGCCGAAGUCAACUAUUUGCUGGGCAAGCAGGCUUACUUUGGCAAGACUGACUCUGAGGGCGGUUUCGAGAGCGAUGCCGUGGCAACAGCCAACAUCUUGGAGUCGUCGACCCCCGAGAUCGGCGGGAAGAAAUACUACUUUGUGUCGGUGUUGACGAGGACCGCCGACGGGGAUGAGGGAGGGAAGCACCAGCUGAUCACCGCCUCCAUCAAAGACGGGAAGCUAUACAUCUGCAAGGCUCGCGGGGACAAGAGAUGGUUCAAGGGAGCCAGGAAGUUCGUCGAGAGCGCCGCGAGCUCAUUCAGCGUGGCUUGAAGAAGAUCGCCAGGACAGAAGGGCUUUUAGCUUGUAAAUCAAUCUCCAGUGUAAUGAAUCCCCCCACCUUGGAUUUGGCUCCCAUCUUGUUUUUGGUUAUGGAGUAUCCAGAGAUUAGUAAAUCAUAUUGAGGAAGUUGAAUCAAGGAAACCUUGUUGAUAUCGAACAUUUUCAAGGCAUGUAAUCCUCUUUCUUGUGACGAAAUGCAUGAGGGAAGCAUCCUCACUAACCA